AUGUAUAUCUUUAUACGUAUUUUUUUGUUGUUUUUUUUGAAAUUUAGAUGCACCCACAUCGAAUAUAUACCCAUUGUCAUGCCUACUAUCAAUGAAACCAUUCCCUUGGCUCUAUCUUCUUCCCUAUUGGGUUCAGGAAUAUUCGAUUCUGGUUCCAAACUUCUAGAUGAGGCAUUGAGUUUAAAUUUCAGAGUUAAUUAUCAUUUGUUUGAUUCUAAUAAGUCUUCAUUAAACAAUUCUUCGAAUGACUCGCCAGACACCAAUUCUACAAUAGGCAAAGUGUUAUAUCAAGAUGUGGUGACUGCGCUGGGGAAAUCGAAUAAUAAAUCCGAUGCGUUACAUUUAUUGAUUCAAAAAUUAUUAUUUAACCUAAAGGCAAUACUAUCCUUCCAUAAUGAUUCUUCAUCAAAUAUUAAACCUAUUCUACAACAAUCUUUUGAUAUUCAAAUUAAACACUCUACGAAAUUCUUUAAAGAAUUUACUCAAUUCUUAAACUUACAAAACUUGUACUAUCAAUCCUCUCAUGAUCCCAUACUCAACCAAAUAUUCACCAUUCUUAAUAAUGAAAUACCUUUACAAUCCAAUGGGUUAACUUUCCACUAUUUAAAUUUGAUUCUGAAAAAAAAAUUACCUUCCAAUUUACAUAAUUGGAAAAAUUUAGUUGCAGUCAUCGAUAAGAAAUAUCAUUCUUCUCCCUUGCUUUGCUUUAUAGCAUUACAAUUGGAACCCAAGAGACACGCAAACGAUUCUUAUUAUAUAGAAAUAUCAAACACAAUCAUUUCAAAUUCUAAAUUUCCCAAGGCAAAUGAUACAAAUAAUAAACAUUUACAACAAUUCCAUAUUUUCUUAUCCCAUUAUUUCAUUAAAUAUAACACUUUCGAGUUUUCUCAUUGGAAGAAAUUCAUUAUUGAAUCCAUGACAAAGACCUUCCAAAGUUUAUUAAUUGCCAAGACUGGGAUGAUAUUUUUCGCAAAAUUAAAUUAUGAUGAUAAUAAAGAUGCUUCAUUUACAGAAUCAUUGGCCAAUUAUAAUAAUUUUAAAAGAUUGAAUAUUAAAAAUUAUGAAUUGAAUGGAGAAAUUUAUUCGGAUAUAAUCUCAAUCAUACAAUCAGUAACAUUUAUAUUACAAUUCGCAAUUUCCAAAGAUUCGAACUUUAAUAAUAAAAUCCCAAUCAAUUCCAAAAAUUUCUCCAAUAAUCAAGCAUUAGAUUUAAAGGAAACUUCUGCAUCAUUAUUGAAAUUAUUAUCUCAUUUCUAUAAGAUUAAUAAUUUGAAAUUAAUUACAAAUUUAGAAACUGAUAAAGAUUUAAAUGAAAAUUGGUUAUCUAAUUCAUUUAAAUUAUCCUCCAUUCCUAAUCAUAUUAAAUCGAUCUUAAUUGAUUCGUGGAUGAUCUUAUUCAAAUUGAAUUCUAAUGAUUUGGAUUCUUUAUUACAAAAUAAUUUAAAUUCAUAUCUUUGUAAUUCCAUGGCUCUUUUCAAUUCAACUCAAUCAACAACAAUAAUACAAAAGCCUUUACAAGAUAUUCAAUUCGAUUAUUGUUUAACAUUGGCAAAACAAAGAAAUAUAACUAAGUCAAUAUCAUUUUUGAAAAAAAAUAUUUUAUUGAAAAAUCCAAAUUUUUUCAAAGGUUGGCAUUUAUUAGCUCUUUUAGAAUCUUCUGUUAAUGAAGAUUUAAACGUUUCUUUAAAGAUCAUUUCAUCUGUUAUAGAAACAAUGACAAAUAUGUUUUUGAUUGAAAAAACUUCAGUUUUCAAAAUUACUGAUAGAUGGCAAUUGAUUCAAUUGAAAUUAACUCAAAUCCUGUUAAUUGAAGAUUUAUUCGGUUUAUCAGAUUCUUUAGAAAUGUUAACUGAAUUAUUCGAAUUGUUUUCUGUGGUAUUCCCCAAAUCAAAAUCGAAAUCAAAUUAUAAUUUGGGUAAAGCUCAUUCUCAAUCCAUCGAAUUCUUAACUCAAUAUAUUUGGGUCUUUGCAGCAAAUAUGUACAUGAGAAAUAUCAAUUCAAAAGAUACUGAUAACAAGUCCAUUAUUAAAAAUAUUAAUGAUUCAAUAGCUGAAGCAGAAAAAGUUAAAUCAAGUUUUAAAAAUUUGAAUAUUGAUUUAACAAAUUCAUAUUAUUUAAUAUUAGAUGAUAAUACAAAGACAAUCUCAACUUCUCAAUGGAAAAAGGCAAUAAAUGCCUUUGAAGAUAUCUUAUAUUAUGAUAAUCUUAAUAUAGAUGCAAUUAUUGGCUUAUCAGAAAUUAUUUUACCAAAUGAUGAAGAUAACGAUCAAAUUCAAUACCAACUACAAAAUAAUUAUUUUAAUUUAUCAUCUAAAACAGAAAAACCAAAUAAGUUGAAAAAUAGAAAUAUUUUCUCAGAUGAAAAGGAUAAAAGUGCCUUCAUUGCACGUGUGAAGUUCUUAUUAGAAUACGCAAUAAAAAAUUCUCAAGAAGCUUAUUAUUCACCAGAAAUAUGGUGGUAUAUUUCCAAGAUUUAUGAGAAAUAUCAAGACUAUCGUUUCAAAGAUUCGUUAUUGAAUUGUAUAAAAUUCAAAGAAUCAGAACCAAUACGUGAUUUUAAAUAUUGUGAUUUUUAA